AUGGAACAGGAGCUGCCGCAGCAGGGGCUCGGCACCUCCGGCACGGCGGAGCCAGGCCCGGCACGUGUGGGGCACCCAGAACCCGCUGCCCAGCCCGCAUGCAACUCCCAGCAUAAACCCCGCUUCACGUCCCCACAAAACCCCGCAUCCCCACAAAACCCCGCAUCCCACCGCACCCCCUCAGCCACCCCACCGCGCAUGUGGCCCGGCCGGGCCGAGCCCCCCCGCCCCUCCCGCAGCUCCGUGCGGGCAGGGGGACCCCCGGAGGAGCCGCUGCCGCCCCGGGGGGAGCCGGGGCUGCGGCCCCCGCCCGCCCCACACGCACCUCCCGCAGCCGCCGCCCCGGCACAUUCAACUGAGCCCCACGCUUGGCGCCGCCGCCCGCCCCCUGCCGCUCAUUGGCUACGCGGGGAGAACGGCGGCGUCUGGUUGGCUGCCUAUCUGUCAAUCAGCGCGGCGGCCAAUAGGAAGCCCCGCUCGGAGUUAAAGCGCCCAUGGGGAACACGUGUGCCGCGGAGCGAUCCGCCGGCUUCGGGCGGCGCGGGUGACGUCACCUUCCCGCGCCGAGCUCCGCCUAUGGCUCCGCCUGGGAGAUUCCCGAAAUCGGGACCGUGCCGGGCCUGGCCGGGAUCCGCCCGCAUCCGGGCAGGGACCCUUCCGUACCCUGCUGGGACCCAUCCCGCAUCCUGCUGGGACCCCCAAGGGUCUGGCAGGGGACCCCCCGAAUCCUGA